CCGACCUCGACCUCCACUGGCACCUUCGCUCCGUACCCCUCCUUUCCUACCUCUACCCCCCUCCCAUCUUUAGCCUGGCGCUGCGGUGUUUCUGUCGGCAUCAUGGAGAACCCGGCUGAGUCCUUCUUUGGUGGCAUGCUCAUUGAGAUCUGCAUUGCUUGCGUGCUAUAUGGGAUCACUACUCUGCAGACCUUCAUCUACUUCCAGAAGUACCAGAACGAUGAUUCAUCCCUCAAGCUCAUGGUUGCGGGCAUCUGGGUUUUAGAGACAUGCCACACAGCGUUCUGUAUGCAGCUCAUCUAUGCGUACCUGAUCACCCACUUCGGGGAAGCGGAGUAUUUCCUGAAUAUCAACUGGGGCGUUGGUGCUACAGUCGUGACGGAGGUGAUUAUCUCGACAGCUGUACAAGCUUUCUACGUCAAGCGUGUCUGGAUCAUGAGCAACAAGGCUAAGCUCCUCACCGCCUUCAUUGCCUUCGUCACUAUCUGCCGAGUGGCUUUCGGUAUUGGGUCUACCAUACUCAGUUACCACAUUCCACACUGGGUGGCGUUCCGUGCCAAUGAGGCGUCUCUGGUCACUGUUAGCGGCGGCCUGGGAGCAGCGGCAUUGGUAGACGUCCUGGUGGCGCUCACUCUGUCUUUCUACCUCACCCGCGGCCGGAACAGCUGGCAGAAAUCCUCUAACAGCAAGGUCAACCUCAUCAUGUUGUAUGCCGUCAACAGUGGCGCGAUCACCGCUUCCGCGUCUAUCCUCUCAGUCAUCUUGUACGCCACCCAAGCGCACAGUCUGGUGUUCCUCGGCCUGGUCGAGAUCCAGGGCAAGCUCUACGCGAAUUCGUUCCUAGGAAGCUUGAACGCCCGCUCGCAUAUACGGAACAAGGCAAAUGCGGCGCAGUACCCCUCGUUCGAGUUCUCGAGCAACGGCGGCGGCUUCCGCGCCGUCGCACCUCCUCCCAAGGUCGAGGUCUACCAGCAGACCAUCGUCACGAACGACAUGGGCGAGCAGGAGAACGAGUUCACCAUGAAAAGCAUGAAGGGCAGCGAGCUUGUAUAGAGCAUCCAGGCUCGGAGCCUCCAGUCGCUCGUUUUACCUCCCUGUCCUUGCAUCCCCGUCACCCCGUACAUAUACUCUCUGCAUUAUUCCUGCGCACCCCGCUAGAGGGGCCUCCUCCUUCUAGUUAGCGCCCUCGGUCUCCGGUCUCUGGUCUCUGUGGAUGUUCAGCCCGGACUCAUUCGGAUAGGAACGUGUCCCCGUCAUUGCGCUCUCGCUCGUUCAAGUUUGUAUUUGGUUUCGUCGCUGUACACGGUGGUCCGUCCUCCGAAUCCGGAAUGC